GUUGAAAUACCCUUGUCUUCCGUGAACGAUUGGAAAAUACACUCUGUUGUGAAGUAACUUCUGCUUUUGUUGUGUAAAUCGCAUCAGAAGCUUUUUGGUUUAUUUUAACUGGUUUAAUUAGUUAAAGUAGUGUAUAUUUUUGUGCACUUUUGUGACUUUUUGUGUUUUUAUAUCUCUGUAUUUAGGUAAAUAUAUAUAUACAUAUAUGUGUGUAACUUAAGCAGCUUAUACUAGCAUGAAUCCCACAAAUAGUUGUGGACGACCGGACUGCCACUUUCCGGUGGAGGAUGGGAUGCAGUGUGAUAACUGCAACCUAUGGUUCCAUAAAGUUUGCACUGGCUUUUGUAAUAUUAGUGAACUCUAACAUAAGUCCCCUACAAAUUAAUUAAUUUAUUUUUUAUUUAUUUUUUUAUUUAUUUUGAUUCACAGCUUGAUUCCACACCGUACUUUCAGUACAAGUGUGGAAUUUUCAGCAUUGGUUAGCCCGACGUGAUUUUCUUAUAAGCGGUGUGUUCCGCACAUUUACCAGUUUGCGUGUUGUUUGUGAAUCCCCAGGGACUUAACUCACUACUCUUUCGGAUUGUCUCAUGGAAUUAUACUCCCAGCUUAACCGUGCUCAGCUUAGUUACGACUAUCUCCACACCAACUCGACGACCCAUGAGUUUCUUUUUGGUGCAAUCGCGGAACUUAUUGAUAAUGCUCGUGAUGCUGGUGCGACAGAGCUGGACAUAUAUACAAUUAAGGACAGUUCCGUACGUGGGAAUUUCCUACUCUGUUUUGCAGACAAUGGUUGCGGCAUGACAACAGAUGAGGUCAAAAAUGUCAUAAUAUUCGGGAAGUCACUAAAGAAGUGUGAGGACAGUGCCGCCAUAGGUAUGUAUGGGAAUGGCUUAAAAUCUGGUUCUAUGCGAAUUGGAAAGGACUUGAUUUUGUUCACCAAAAAGGAUGGCAUAUACACAUGUUUAUUUCUCUCAAGGACUUUCCACGAAGAGGAGAAACUUGAUGAGGUAGUUGUUCCUAUGCCCUCGUUUAAAGGCACAGAGAAAACUCCUAUUGCGGACACUCCUGAAGAGAGGAAGAAACAUGAACUCGAAAUGUUUAUAAUUCUGAAGUAUUCGCCAUUCCGCUGCACGAAGGAUUUCUUCGCACAAUUUGAUAAACUUAAAGAGAAUUCAGGGACCGUAGUGAUUAUAUACAAUAUGAAGCUUCUCGACCAUGGAGGACCUGAGUUGGAUGUAACUACAAAUACCAGAGAUAUACUUCUUAGCCCUGGUUCAGAACAAGAAGAGACCGUUGAACGGGAUGCAGAAGUUAUGCUCCCACCUGAAAGACGCAGUCUUCGGGCGUAUGUAUCAAUUCUCUAUUCUGACCCUCGUAUGAAGGUGUAUUUACAAGGUCGGAAAGUACAAACCAAAAGACUACUUGCAACGCUACAUAGUGCUCGAAAAUACAAUUUUGCUAGUAAAACUUUUCGUACCAGAGCUGAAGCAGAUUUAGCAAAAGCUAAAAAUGAUGUGAGAAUAGCUGAGCUUCGUGCUCAAGAGGCAGAAAGCAAGGCUCGGGAUUGUGAACUUCGCUACCAAGGCUCUGAAGACCCUGAACAUUUGCGUCAAAUACGUCGUCUUAAAAAUGCUGCUGCCGAGCUACGUUCAGCUGUGGAAAUGAAACAGAAUAUUGUUGCAAGAAAAUCAAAAUCAAUCAAGGAUCCUAAGACGCUUACAUUUUAUUUCGGUGUAAAUGUUAUGAAUCGUGCUUGUGAUGGUAUGUUUGUUUAUAAUUGUUCCCGUUUAAUCAAGAUGUACCAACGGAUUGGGCCACAACAAGAUUCUAGCAUGAUGUGCCGUGGUGUCGUUGGCAUUGUUGAUGUCCCCUAUAUGGUCCUUGAGCCCACACAUAAUAAACAAGAUUUUGCAGAUGCUAAAGAAUAUCGUCAAUUAAUGCGUGCAAUGGCAGAUCAUUUAAUGCAGUAUUGGGAUGAUCUUGGAAUCGAUAAAGAAUCAGAUAGUUUAAUACGAUUUUGGAAAAGUUUUGGUUAUUUGUCAGCACGUUGGCGGGAUCCACCUAGUAUAGAGGAUAAAUAUGCCUGUCGUCGUUGUUGUUCCGUUUCUAUAUGUGUCCAGUGUGAUAAAUGUCUAAAAUGGAGAAUACUUCCGUUCUCACAAAGUCUUGUCGGACGAGAUGUCCCAGAUAAUUGGCAAUGUCGAGAUAAUACGGAUCAUAAGCAUAAAAAAUGUGAAGAUCCCGAAGAAGAUAUGAGUCCACCAAUGGGAGUUCUUAAGCGAAAAAUUAAAACGAAAGAACAAAGACAAGCAGAACUUGAAAAACAAAUCCGCAAAAAACAAGAGGAACUUGAAUUAAUUCAAGAUCCUGAUGAUGAAAAAACUGAUGAUUCCAGUGCCACUUCUAACCGUAGUAGUCGGUUAAGUGGAUCUGCCAAUGGCAAAUCUCCACGUAAACGGCCUUCUCAACCACCUCCACCUACUGCAGAUCCUCCGAACAAAAAAUCUACUCAUGCUCCUCCGCCGCCGCCGCCUCCUCGUGCUAUGACAGUUGCUGAUAAGAAACGUCAAGCUGCUGGAUUAGCAUCAUCCAAUGGUCCUUCAUCUUCAACAGUUGAAAAGCGUACUGGUUUACCGUUACCAACAAUUAAUCAACGCCAACCACGUCCUGGUGGAUUAGUCCCUAAAAUCCCACAGCGUAAUUCAAUUGCUCCUAAAGUACGCAGAGUUACAACAGCUGAAGAUGAAAGCAGCAAUGAAGAGACUAGUGAUGAAGAAGAAGACGAGGAGGAGGAGAAGGAGAAAGAGAAAGAAGUUACUAAGCAGACAACUCCGAAAACUAAUCGUAACAAACUAAGUACUCCUCCAUCAAAAGUGAAUAAUCCUGUUGUUGCUGCAGCGAGUAGUUCAACAGUACCGAGUACUUCUCAAUCCCAAGAGAGAAAUACGUCGAGAAGCACUGAUAAAGUAAAUGGAAAGAAGGCUAGUAAAACGGAAAAGAGUCCUGUACAAGAUGUAAUUACAGUGCAUCAUCGAAACAGAAAUUCAACGGAUCGUGAUAAUAAUGGUGGAGUAGCAUCGAUUCCAACGAAAAAAGAUCCGCUGGUAAAUGAGAAUUCAGUUGGAGAUAAAACAACAGAGGUGAAUUCCUCUUCAACUGUAGUAACCUCUUUUCCCUCAGAAACGAAUAUUGCAAUGAAUAGAAAAAUCCAAGAGAAAUUCAAGGUUUGUUUACGAUAUUUCUUACCGCCGUCAUGGUCAGUGGAAAAGGAUAGAAUCCAUACACUUACAGAAUCAGAACUUGCAAGCUUCCCUUUAGAAGAUUUCUUUGAUAGAUAUGAACAAGGUCUUCGAAAUCUGUUAACCUCCUUCCGAAAGGAAACCGCAGUAGUCACAGAUCAACUGACAGAAUUACGGUCCAAUGUUUGUGAAUUUCUGAAGAAAUACGAUCCAGACUUCAAAGAACCCUUGAAUAAUAUCGAAGAAGUAGAUAAUUAUCUGAAAAAUUUCCUUGCAAAAAGUUGAAUUCCUCCGCUCACCAUAAAAAAAAACAUCUAGACCAAUCAUUGGUUGGUGGUUGAAUUAAUCUACUCCCUGUGCAAACGGAGUUUCUCCUCUCCUCUCCUCUACUCAUGCGCGCAGCUGUUAUAUAUAUACAUAUAUAUAGUAAUUAUUAUUAUUAUGUUUGCCUGUUUUAUGGUUGGUGUCUCACCGAAUCUCUUUUGACUCUUCUCUUUUUGUGCAUAUUAAUGUAUUCCUUCAAGAACUGUCUGUCUAUAAAUCUACGUGUUGUUACUCUCUAUAUGUAUAUAUAUAUAUAUCUGUAUACAACAUAGCAAAACAACAACAACAAAAAAAGUAUUAAAAAUUAUUAUUAUCUUUUUCGUUUAGACAUUAUUAUCAUGGCCGUUAGUAUUUCGUUGUAAACUUUGAUGUUACUAUCACUAUUAUUUACUUAUGUGUACCUCACCUAUAAAACAGGCAUUGUCCUUUUCAGAAACUCUUGAUCUUUCAUCCAUAUAUAUAUAUUUUUCGUUAUACAUUGAAAACCUAUGCUCAUGAUUAGUGCAAAUUUAAAAGACAUGACUUUCUGUUUUAAUUUUUUGAUUGCUGAACUAAUUGUAUAUGCUUUCAGACUUUACAUGACUCCCAUAACUUCUUACGUUUAUGCAUGUUGUAAUAUAUCCCUAAUUUUAUGCAAAGAUUGUUAUUACUAUUAUUAUUUACUUCACAGCUUUACUUAACCUUUUCCGAUGGUCUCUCCGGACCUCUAGGGGGGAGCCCUGUGGAGUGCGUAACAAUGUGAUUGUACACUUUUUGGUUAUUUGUAGAAAUUAGACAUACUGUACAUAAUUUUUGUUUAAAACGCUUCUGGUUGAAAUACCCUUGUCUUCCGUGUACGAUUGGAAAAUACACUCUGCUGUUGGAGACUUCGUCUUCUCCUUGGUUUCUUUGGGGUUACUAGCUCAGCUCUCACCGUGUUGCAUCUUUCGGAUUUAUUGUAGGAGUCCACUACGCUCAACAGAAGACAAUUAUACAACCGGGACACAGCAGCUACAACCUACUCCGUCCAAAGAACUAACGUCUCCGUGGGUUAUAUAAAUAAUUUGUAGCAGAGGACUUCAACUUUAUUUCCAACAUCUGCAUAUACUGGACCUGUACGUGGCCUCACAUUUUCACCCGAUGGAUUGCAUUUGAUCUCAUGGGGUGUUUCUGGAUCAACACUAGAUAGUUCAUGUCUUCGAAUAUGGACAUCCGGUCCGGGGGAUUUCGAAGGACCUACGAAAAUUCCUCUACCUCGUCCAGUAAAUUUUGGUAAUGUUAUUCAGAAAUUCCACAGCAGUUGUUUUCUUCAACUAUCAAAUAGCCUACCUCUGAGACUGGCUGCUACAAGCGGAUCAACGGGAGACCUGUGGGGAGCCCCACCUCUAUGUGUUUUUGUCCCAGUGAAGAACCAAUUAUUAAUAGCUUCUGCAACUAAGCUUGAUUCAUCAACCAGACUCAUUACACGACAUUUUUCGAAGGUUCGGUCAUGUGUUUGGAAUAGCAGACUAAUGGAACUGUACACUUGCGGUGCUGAUGGAAAUUUAUUUACAUGGCCAGUCAGUCAUCCUGCAGAACAGGAGUGAAAAGAUUCACAAUGAUGUAGCUCACUCAUAAGCUAUAUAUGUUGUCGUCUUUGUAAAUAAAUAUAUGUACUACUUUGGACUGUCUUUUUUAUUGCUUUCUCUCUCACUUUUUGUACUGAGUUCAUUGUAUG